AUGAGAGCGAGCAUAGUGACGAUUCCGCCCUUGGCGUUCCGGGGUAACAAUCCGUACCACAACGCGUUCCUUACCCUGCUGGACAGUAUUUUCGCUUGUUUGGUGGUCGCUCCGGCCGUUGUGGCCUACUGGCGAAGUGCCUGGGAACUCAUGGGCAUUUACGUUUACCCCAACGACAACAUGAAAACGGCCAUGGUGUCGACAGCGAUCGGUUUUGUGGGCCACGCUGUAGCCAAUUUUGGACAAUUUUUUUUCCAAAAGGCUUUCCACCCUGACCGUCACCGGAUCUUGUUUUACGUCAUUUCUAGGACUUAUACUUUAAUUUACGCGGUUGUUUGUGUGAACGGGUGGCGAGGUCCGUGGUACCUUUUGGACAAGUACACCGAAAUGGAGUUUAACACUGUGGUUGUUACCCUUGUGGUUGCUGUGGUUGCCCUUGUGGUCAUGAGAGCGUUAAGGAAUAUCUCUGGAGCACCCUUUGCUAUCGUUAAUGACACUGUAGACGGUUAUUUCGAAAUUAUAUCGAUGUUUAGAGUACCGUUAGAAGUGGAAUCUCAAUACUACUGUUGCUUUUAA